CACAAAGAAUGACCGGGUAACCUUUGAGAGAAGGUGACCGGUCAUAUCAUCUCACUUGACAAACAUUGGUCCAGUAUCUCAGGCAUGGUGAACCACGUCAGAGGUCAAGGGGACACCCCGCCGCUCAUCCAUCACGAGGCACACAGUGAAAGGGAUGUUUGUCAUUUUGCAGGGAGUUUGCACGUGGCGGUGGUUUCCCUGGAGUCACAUGGGAAGCAGGCAAGGAGGGAACCUAUCACUUUCACUGAUAGGGAUCUGCCCAGGACGGGGGGAGAUCAUAAUGACCCUUUGGUUAUUACAAUGGACAUCAAUGGAGCUGAUGUGGCCAGGGUCCUGGUUGACACAGGAAGCAGUGUCAAUGUUCUAUACUUGGAUGCUUUCAAGAAAUUGAAGUUGGACAGGUCCAUAUUGAGACCGUUGCAAACUCCAUUGUCAGGCUUCACUGGAGCUAGCAUAGAAGCGGAAGGUCAGAUCACCUUACCAGUUACCUUGGGGUCGGGUAACAGGACAGUGACCAAACAAAUGAGAUUUGUUGUGGUCAACAUCAAGUGUGUGCAUAAUGCCAUUCUGGGUAGGCCUGGGAUCAACCAGGUAGACAAGGGUGAGGAGAAGGCUAGGAUCGAGCCGGAUGCAUACACGGAGGAGAUCCAGAUUGAUGCCUCCAAUCCUGAGAGGAAGGUCAAAAUUGGGGCUGACCUUCAGGAAGAGCUAAGGACUGAGAUUGUCCAGGUGUUGACCAGGUAUAAAUCAUUAUUUGCCUGGAGUGUUGCUGAUAUGCCCGGGAUUGACCAGUCAGUCAUUUGCCAUCGUCUCUCUGUUCUUGAGGGGUCUAGGCCUGUAAGACAGAAGAAGAGAUUUUUGGCAAGUGAUAGGAGGGACUUUGUGAAGAAAGAGGUCAAGGACCUACUUGAAGUAGGUCAUAUCAGGGAAGUAAACUACCCUGAAUGGCUGGCCAAUGUAGUCCUGGCUCUGAAGGGCGAUACCUCGAGGAUGUGUGUAGACUACACAGACCUCAACAAGGCAUGCCCAAUGGAUUCUUAUCCUCUCCCCAGCCCGGACCAAAUGGUUGAUGAAAUUGCCGGGUGUGAGUUGCUCAGCUUUAUGGAUGCCUUCAAGGGGUAUCAUCAAAUCUUCAUGGCGGAGGAUGAUGAGGAGAAGACGGCCUUCCUCACUCCGGACGGCACAUACUGUUACAAGGUGAUGGCCUUUGGGUUGAAAAACUCAGGGGCAACUUACCAGAGAAUGGUCAACAAAUUGUUCAGGCCUUUGCUUGGACGGACCAUGGAGGCCUAUGUGUUCUACAAGUUUCCGGGAAGGCCUGCGACAUACUACCAUCCGGUUUCCAAUGUUAUUCCAUUCGCAAGGUUUGGGAUGGACAUCAUUGGAGCCUUCCCCCAAGCACAAGGGAGGAAGAAGUAUGUCAUGGUGGCUAUCGACUACUUCACAAAAUGGGUAGAGGCCGAGGCAUAUGCAACCAUCACAACCAAGUUCGGGUCUUGAUGUUGAGAGGGUUCGCGAUCAUAGGACAUGGUCAAAAUCUCCGAAGAAAGUUCGGGUCUUGAUGUUGAGACUUGAUGUUUCCAAAACCGUUUCGGAUUAUUCGUUCGAAAUUUGAGCAAGGUUGCUGUUAGGCAUGACACCAAGGCCAGAGGGGGAAAAGAAAGUGGCAUGGUCAAAAGUGACCGGUCACUUUUUGAUGUUCUGGAUUGACAAGAAAAUGCAAAUGGGAAA